AAACACACGCUUUGUGAAAUUCUCUUUCCAUAAUAAUAAACGAUAAAUAAUUAAUCAACUAUAAGCGCAUACUAUGAGCGAUGCAGGGGAAAGCACAACAAAAGUAUUAUUUAAGAAGUCGUCACGUAAAAAUCUGCGCCAACGCAAGAACUCCGAAGAUGGAGAACAGGAGGAGCAAUUGACACUGGAGGAAAUAAAGGAGCGGCAACGAUUACGACAGCGUCCCAAUGGUGUUAGUCUAGUGGGUUUGGCGCUAGGAAAAAAAAUAGGAAUGGAGGAAGAGCUGGCUAUUAAAGAUCCGUUUAAUGUGAAGACUGGUGGUCUGGUCAAUAUGCAAACGCUCAAAUCAGGGAAAAUGAAAGAGCCCGAAGAUGCAUAUGAUGUUGGUAUAGGCACCCAGUUUUCAGCAGAGACUAACAAACGCGACGAAGAUGAGGAAAUGAUGAAGUACAUUGAACAAGAGUUGCAAAAGCGCAAGGGCGGGGCGACGGACUCUUCUAAGGGGACAGAUAAUGAUGAUGGCAGCGAUUUAAACAAGUAUUUGACGCCAGAAGAUGCCGCUCUGUAUGCACUCCCUGAUCAUUUGCGGCAGUCUUCCUCCCAUCGAUCAGAGGAAAUGUUGUCCAAUCAAAUGUUGAAUGGUAUACCUGAAGUGGAUUUAGGCAUCCACGCCAAAAUUCGCAACAUAGAGGCGACAGAGGAUGCUAAACAAAAACUUUUGCAAGAUGCUAAAAACAAAAAAGAUGGACCCUCGCAGUUCGUUCCCACCAACAUGGCGGUGAACUUCAUGCAACAUAAUCGAUUUAAUAUCGAAGAUAACAGUGAGCCACGCAGGCGAAAACGUGAUGAUGAGGGCAACAAAUCCGGUCAGCACCAAACAAAUCCAAAUGGCGUGAAACGAGCGACAGAUGAUUAUUAUUAUGACAAAUUCCGGAAGCAAUUCCGUAGAUAUUAAUAAAGUACAAACUAGAUCUAACGAAGA